AUGCCAGACCAUAAUCCUCUCAAGAGAAGCUUUGCUGACAUGAUCAAUAAUAACAGCAGCUCUUCAAGCUCUCUUGAGAUGAAUUAUUCCAAUGGCGUUGAUGAUCAUAAUGACACUACCCCACAAGAACUAGCUUCUGUUCUUUGUAGUCCUGAGAAAUUCCAUCCAAGAAGGUAUCAAUCGAAGGUUUUUGAGGUGGCUGUCAAGAGAAAUACAAUUGCAGUGCUGGAAACAGGAGCUGGAAAGACAAUGAUUUCUGUUAUGUUAAUUAAACAAAUUGGUCAAGCUGUCUUUUCCAGUGGGGUUAAAAGAUUGAUUCUUUUCUUAGCCCCAACUGUUCAUCUUCAAUAUGAAGUCAUUAAAUCUCAAACAAGUUUUAGAGUGGGGGAGUACUAUGGAUCUAAGGGAAUAGAUGAGUGGUCUCUGACGACUUGGGAGAAGGAAAUUGAUGAACAUGAUGUGAGUUUGGUUCUUAACUCGAGUAUUGGUUAUGACACCUCAGAUUCUCUUGGAUGCCUUAAGAAAGGCGUUUUUGAAUCUAGAAAUGGUAUCCUUGGUGUCUCAUCUGCCACAGACUGUGAGGAUCAACUAGCAGUACUUGAAAGUGUAUUGGAUUCCCAGAUUUUUACUAUUGAAGACAGGGCAGAGAUGGAUGUCUAUGUUCCCUCUGCAAAAGAAAUGUGUAGAUUUUAUGACAAAGCACAGUGUUCUUAUGUGGAGCUUAAAGAUAAGAUUAAAGCUUCAUGGUCCAAGUUUGAUGCUUCAAUGUUAGAUUUGCAAGGCUCAACAAAAAGUGGUUACAAAGAUAUGGAUGACAAGCUUAAAACAAUGAGAAAGCAGUUAUCCAAGGACCAUGCGAAGAUUUUGAAUUGCCUUGAAGAUCUUGGCCUUGUAUGUGCGUAUGAGGUGUUGGCUGUCAAGGUUUGUCUAGAGAAUGCUCCUAAUCCCACUGAUGAAUGCGGAGUAUAUCGAGACAUUUCUUUGCAGUGUAGACAUUUCCUUGAGGAUGUGUUACAUAUAAUUGGUGAAUCUUUGCCGCAUGGUGAUAAUUUCCUUUUGGAUCGUGGAUUUGACAGUUCAGCAGCAUUGGGUUUUGGCUACAUAUCUCCCAAACUACAUGAACUUCUCCAACUUUUUCUAUCAUUUGGAGAAUAUAGGCAAGUAUUGUGCCUAAUUUUUGUUGAAAGAAUUAUUACAGCUAAAGUAGUUGAAAGAUUUCUGAACAAAGUUGAGCUUUUAGCACAUUUCACUGUUUCAUAUUUGACUGGAACUAAUGCAUCAGCUGAUGCACUGGCCCCAAAAAUGCAAAUGGAGACCUUGGAAUCAUUUCGCUCCGGAAAGAUCAAUCUAUUAUUUUCCACUGAUGUGGUGGAGGAGGGAAUUCAUGUGCCAAACUGCUCCUGUGUAAUACGUUUUAAUCUGCCUAAGACAGUCCGCAGUUAUGUCCAAUCUCGAGGACGAGCUCGACAAAAUGGUUCCCACUUUAUCACUAUGCUUGAAAGGGGAAACACGAAACAAAGGGAUCAGUUAUUUGAUAUCAUUAGAAGUGAGUGGUCAAUGACAGAUACGGCUAUAAAUAGAGAUCCUGAUAUAUGGACUCUGAAAGCAUGUGCUUCAGAAGCAACAAAGGCAUAUGUCGUAGAUGUGACUGGAGCAUCAGUUACAGCAGACUCUAGUGUUAGCCUUAUACAUCGGUAUUGUCAACAACUCCCUGGCGACAGGUACUACACACCAAAGCCGACUUUUCAGUUCGAAGUUUUGGAACGGUCUUGCCGCUGUACAAUGAACCUACCUACUAAUGCAGUGUUUCAAACAUUAGUUGGUCCAACAUGCAGGAAUCAACAAUUAGCAAAGCAGCUUGUAUGCUUGGAAGCAUGCAAGAAGCUGCAUCAAAUGGGUGCUUUGGAUGAUCAUCUUCUGCCAUCAGUUGAAGAGCCUUCAGAAAUCGGCGUUGCUGAAGGAAACAAAUCAACAUCUGCCGGUGCAGGAACUACGAAAAGGAAGGAAUUGCAUGGGACAACUUGCAUUCAUGCAUUAUCCGGAUGUUGGGGAGAAAAACUUGAUGGAGCCACUUUUCAUGCAUAUAAGUUUGACUUCUCUUGCUCUAUUGUCAGUGAGAUCUAUUCUGGAUUUAUUCUUCUGAUUGAGUCAAAGCUUGAUGACGAUGUGGGAAACAUUGAGUUGGAUCUUUAUUUGGUCGCAAAGAUAGUCAAGUCUUCUAUUUCUUCAUGUGGAGAAGUGCAUUUGGAUGCUGCACAGAUGUCGAGGGCAAAGCAGUUUCAAGAAUUUUUUUUCAAUGGCUUGUUUGGAAGGUUGUUUACUGGAUCUAAAUCAUCUAGGGAGUUCUUACUUCAGAAAGAAACAGCAUCACUCUGGAGUCCCUCAAACAUGUAUCUACUUCUACCACUAGAGCCAUUGAGCAUUUCCAGCAAUGAAAGUUGGAAAAUAGAUUGGAAAGGAAUUGAAGCUUGCUCAUCUGUGGUACAAUACUUGAAUAUUUUCUUGGGUGCUCAGACUAUUGGUGGUGGAGGAAAUCAAUUACCUGAUAAUGUUGAGUCAUCUACUGUAGAAUGCAAUGGUGCAAAUAUGAUCCAUUUUGCUGAUGCUUUUGUCAAUGUAGCGAACCUAAAAAAUACGUUGGUAUUGGCAAUCCACACAGGAAGAAUCUACUCCAUCGUUGAAGUUGCUAGUGAUUCAUCUGCAGAGAGUGCUUUUGAGGGAAAUGCUGAUGAUGUGACAGGGUUUUCGACAUAUGCAGAGUACUUCAGCAAAAGGUAUGGAAUUGUGCUGAUGCAUCCAGCACAGCCUCUGUUUCGGUUAAAGCAAAGCCAUAACCCACACAAUCAUCUUGUAAACUUUAAUGAUGAAGGUGAUUCAAAAGACGGCACAGUUGUUGGAAGACAGCAGCAACAUGUGCAUAUGCCACCAGAGCUUUUGAUCAAGGUUGAUGUUCCUAUCAGUGUUGUAAAAUCAAUUUAUCUGAUGCCAUCUUUGAUGCACCGUCUUGAGUGCCUGAUGUUGGCCAGUCAACUUAGACAAGAGAUUGAUUGUCAUGCUCCUAAUUUUCACAUCUCAAGCUCAUUGAUUCUGGAAGCAAUUACUACACUUAGAUGUUGUGAAAGUUUUUCGAUGGAGCGACUGGAGUUGCUAGGGGAUUCAGUUUUAAAGUAUGCUGUCAGCUGCCACCUCUAUCUAAAAUAUCCCAAUAAACAUGAAGGCCAAUUAUCUUCAUGGCGCUCAGGGGCUGUUUGUAAUUCAACCCUACAUAAAUUGGGAACAGAUCGUAAAUUACAGGGAUAUAUACUAGACAGUCCAUUUGAUCCCCGUCGUUGGACUGCUCCUGGACAGAAAUCUGUACGUCCUCCUGUUCCUUGUGAAUGUGGGGUUGAUACUUUAGAAGUGCCAUUGGAUCCUAAGUUCCAAACUGAAAGCACAGCUAUUAAGGUUGGAAAAUCCUGUGAUUCAGGCCACCGGUGGAUGGGUUCCAAAACCAUAUCAGAUUGUGUUGAAUCUGUCAUAGGAGCAUACUAUGUCAGUGGCGGAUUGAUUGCUGCACUUCAUGUGAUGAAGUGGUUUGGAAUUAAUGCUGAACUUGAUCUUUCACUGAUAAUUGAAGCCAUUACGAGUGCAUCUCUACGAUCUUAUAUCCCCAAAGAAGAUGACAUUAAGAGUUUAGAGUCAAAGCUUGGGUAUGUAUUUGGUGUCAAGUUUCUCUUGCAGGAGGCCAUGACUCAUGCAUCUGUGCAAGAACAGGGUGUUACCUACUGUUACCAGAGGCUUGAAUUUCUUGGUGAUUCUGUAUUGGACUUGCUUAUAACAUGGCAUCUCUAUCAGAACCACACAGAUGUUGAUCCUGGCGAGUUGACUGACUUGCGCUCAGCUUCUGUCAACAACGAUAAUUUUGCUCAAGUUGCUGUGAAACAAAACCUAUAUAGCCAUCUUCUUCAUUGUUCUACAUUCCUUCAAAGUCAAAUAACAGAAUAUGUAAAUUCUUUUCAUGAAUCUGAUCAAGGGACAAAGGCUCCCAAGGCUCUUGGAGACCUGGUUGAAAGCAUUGCAGGGGCAUUACUUAUUGAUACUAAGUUUAACCUCGAUGACGUGUGGAGAAUAUUCAAGCCCCUAUUAUCUCCAAUUGUAACCCCUGAAAAACUUGAGCUACCUCCACUGCGUGAACUUGUUGAAUUAUGCGACUCUAUAGGGGUUUUUGUAAAAGACAAAUGUACCAAGAAAGGUGAGAUGCUUCACGCCCAGCUUUGGGUACAACUGGACAACGAGCUCUUGUCUGGCGAGGGGUAUGAUAAGAACAGAAAAGCAGCUAAAGGAAAAGCAGCUUCUUGUUUGUUGAAGAAGCUCCAGAAAAGAGGAAUUAUAUUCUCUCGUGGAGGAUCAAAGAGGAGGAAACAGGACUCUGACCGUGUUGUUGAUUUAAGUUCCCUGGACUUAGAGAAUAAAGAUUUGUCUGGAAAGCCAAAGCCAAAAAGGCAGAAAAAGGAAAAUCAAGUGCCUGGAGACUCAAGUAGAGAUCGUUCCCCAGCCAUCAGUCCUAGUCAUGGCCCCCCAGUUAUUGAGUCAAUUAGCAUGCAGAAAGGUGGACCUCGUACUGCUCUUUAUGAUCUUUGUAAGAAAGUUCAAUGGCCAAUGCCUACAUUUGAUACAACAGAAACGAAAUCCAGAACUGCAAUUGAAUUUGGUGAAGGCCCCGAACAAAGAAAGGGCUUUAACAGCUAUGUAUCAAAAAUCGUCUUGAACCUACCGUCAUUUGGCAUCGUUGAAUGCGAAGGAGAGGCUAGAGCUGAUAAGAAGACCUCAUAUGACUCUGCAGCUCUGGUCAUGCUUCAUGAGCUUCGAAACCGAGGGCAGCUCAUCAUUGGUGAAUCAAACUAA